UACGAGGAAUAGAGAGACUCUCUGCUUCACGAACAAGGAUUUAUUUUUCCGCUAACUUCUCUACGUCUGAUAAUUUUCAGUCCGACGGACUGGCCAUGAUGACUGAUGCAAGUGAGAUGUUGGCUGCAGCCUUGGAGCAAAUGGAUGGUAUCAUUGCAGGCUCCAAGGCCAUGGACUACUCCAAUGGUCUGUUUGACUGCCAGUCACCAUCCUCACCCUUUUUGGGUACACUGAGAGCACUGCAUCUCCUAGAGGACCUGCGGGGGGCACUGGAGCUGAUGGAUACUGAUGAGAGGGAAAGCCUGCGUUGCCAGGUGCCUGAAGCUACAGCAGAGGCACUUGUGGAGUGGCUGCAGGGACGACUGAUGAAUGGCCAUGGCUCUGCAGGUGAGGAUGUAGGCUACCAAGAGCGACUCUCACGCCUGGAAAGUGACAAGGAAUGUCUUGUACUGCAGGUGAGCAUUUUAACAGAUCAAGUGGAGGUUCAGGGAGAAAAGAUAAGGGAUCUUGAUGUAUGUCUUGAAGAACAUCGAGAGAAACUCAAUGCCACAGAGGAAAUGCUGCAGCAGGAACUGCUGAGUCGGUCUGCCCUAGAGACUCAGAAACUGGAGCUGCUGACCGAGGUGUCUAGUCUGAAACUGAAGCUGACAACAGUAGAGAAAGAGCACGUAGACAGAGAGGACGUUUACCAGGAGGUCAAUGACUUGCGUGUCCAGAUAGCUGGCUUGGAGGAUGAAAGGCAGCAGUACGAGACCAAACUGAUGUCUACCAGAGAGGAGUUAGUGGUGCUCCAGAGACAGCUGGAAGACAGAGAGGACGAGCUGAAAAGGUUACACGAACAGGCUGCACUCAACGUCAAGACACAGGUUGGCUCACACAGCACAGAGAGAGAUGCAGAAGUGCAGAGGAUGAAAAGGGCUAUUGAAUCUUUGAUGGUGGUCAAUGAUGAAAAAGAUUGUAAAAUUGAGGAACUCCAGCAGUCUCUAAUGCGCUACAGGACAGUCCAAGGCAUGGUGAUAUCAGCACAGGAGCAAGAAGACAAAGUUAAGGAAGCGGGCCGCAGGGAAGGCCUGAGUGACUGCUCAGUCAUAGACGUUGUUGCCAUGGAUACUGACAGAGUCUCCCUGGGAGGCACUGAAGAGACUGAUGAGCCACAGCUGAUUCCAUGCACUGAACUUCUCCCAGAAAAAGAAGUAAUAUAUACAGCCACAGCAAAUGUUCCCUGUGAUGCGGAGCAGGGAAGGGCGAUACAGCAAGUCACAGACAGUCCUCUGGAGGCUUACAAAUUGGGACGUACUGAUCAUGUGACCAGAAAUGUAGAGUCUGAAGUACAGGGAGACAUGGGCAGGAAAAGCACCUCGUCAGCUUCAACCUCCUCUCAGCCCAAACCAGUACAUGGUGAUGGCUUUGGCAGCAAGAAAGCUCGUGCUUCUUUUGGUCGAGGGUUCUUUAAGCUCCGAGGUGGCAAGAGAACAGCUAGUGCCCCAAACCUUGCUGAAGGAGAACAACAAGGGACUGAACACUUGGACUUGGCAGGAGCUCCAUCCCACAAACCACAGGAGAGAAACAAACACACACUGACGGCUGCUACUGAGAGCAAAAAGAAGGCAAGAGGGAUCAGGAGGCUCUUUGGAAUACUGAGAAGAAGUCAUUCCACCUCGUUUGACCUUGAUGACACUCCUGAGUCUGAGUUCAAGAGGGGAGGCGUAAGGGCGACUGCUGGACCAAGACUUGGAUGGUCACGUGACUUGCAACGUGACAAAAAAGAACUGGAUACUCCUUUUGCCCGGUGGACUAAAGAGCAAGUAGGCCAAUGGCUCCAGGAGCAGGGUUUGGGAAUGUAUGUUAACCAGGGACAAGUUUGGGUUCAGUCUGGACAGACCUUAUUGAAGGCCUCACAACAUGACCUGGAGAAGGAGUUAGGCAUCAAGCACCCUCUCCAUAGAAAGAAACUGCAAUUAGCCCUUCAGGCUAUGGGUUCAGAGGAGGAUGAUGCCAAGGGCAAGUUGGACUUCAACUGGGUGACCCGGUGGCUUGAUGACAUUGGGCUGCCACAGUAUAAGUCUCAAUUUGAUGAGGCAAGGGUGGAUGGUCGAAUGCUACACUAUAUGACAGUGGAUGACCUGCUGAGCCUGAAGGUGGGCAGCGUGCUCCACCACCUCAGCAUCAAGAGAGCCAUCCAAGUUUUGCGACUCAACCACUAUGAUCCCAGCUGCCUCCGUCGACGACCCUCUGAUGAGAACAACAUCACCCCAGCAGAGAUCUGUCAAUGGACCAACCACAGAGUAAUGGAAUGGCUACGCUCAGUGGAUUUGGCUGAGUAUGCCCCCAACCUCAGAGGAAGUGGAGUCCAUGGAGGGCUUAUGGUUCUGGAACCCCGCUUCAAUGUGGAGACUAUGGCCCUGCUCCUUAACAUCCCACCCAAUAAGACACUGCUACGACGUCACCUGGCCACCCACUUCCAUCUCCUGAUUGGCUCAGAGGCACAGAUUCUCAAACAGGAGUGUCUGGAGAACCCAGACUACACCCCUCUCACUGCUACUGCAAAAGUUAAGCCACGACGACUGUCUUUUGGGAGCUUUGGCACUUUGCGGCGGAAACGUCAAGAUGAGAAUGAGGAGUAUGUCUGUCCCAUGGAUGUACAGAUGCCCCAAAGCAGCAGCUUCCAGAAGGGCCUCAGGAUAUAUGAGGAUGAUCUUGACCAGCUUGAGCAGAUGGAGGAUUCAGAGGGAACGGUGAGGCAAAUAGGAGCUUUUUCUGAGGGGAUUAACAAUUUGACAAGCAUGCUGAAAGAGGAUGAAUUCUUCAGAGAGAUGCCUUCUCGCUCUCCAGAUGCCAGUGCAACAGAUGAUGAUUCCACUGUGUGAAGGAUGGGGCCAACCAUUGAUAUUUUAACUCUAUACUGUGAACUACAACCAACUGUGCCAGUCCUAGCUAAAAAUCAACAACACAACAACCCUAAUACAGUGAUUUCUCUGUGUUCAUGAAUGUACAGAUUUUCACUUCAACUAAUAAGGCAAAAUUCAUGCAGGGCUGGUGCUGACCUCUACACUCUUAGCUACCCUCUGAAUAAGCUGACAUACUGCAUGUAUUAUUUGGAUGUUCCAUUUCAUUUGGAUGUUCCA